AUGUUUGAUGCGUUAUCAAUUGAUUUAAAUCUUAAUUCCAAUCAUUGGCCAUCAUACUUCGGCAGAGUUAAUAAAUUAGUUCAAUUAAAAGAAUUGAUUAUUUUUGCGCCAAUGCCAAACUGGUCAAUUUUCAGCAACUUGUCAAAAUAUGUAAAAAAAUUACAAAGAUUAGAAAUCUACUUACUUUCAUAUCCUUCAACACCAUAUGAAGCAAAGAGCAUAGCAAAUUUUAUACAAAUACAAGAAGAAUUAGUACAUUUUAAAUUAAUUUAUCGUGAUCGUCUUUUAGCAUCUUCACCAAUAUUAAAGAAAUUCAACUCAUUUUUAUCACCACGGAUUAAUGAUCUUGAUGGUAGCAAUACGAAUAAUAAUUUGUUUAAUAUGUUACUUCGGAAUAGUCUAAUAACAGAUGAAUCAAGGUGCUUACCAAUAUUUCUCGACUCGUUAAAUACAAAACUAAAAACUUUAAAUCAUUUGGAAUUUUCUGGAAUUUCAUUUAAAGGGGAUCUGACAUUAAAUUUAUUAUCAAAUUGCUUUAAAAGUGUCGAAUCAUUGGAACUUAAUAAAUUACCACUUUUACAUAAAUUUGAUUUUUCGCCUACAGCAAAUGAAAACUUUGAAAAUUUUCUAUCGUUAAUUGCAAGAACAAAGAAUCUUAAAGAAAUUUGCAUUUAUAAUAUCACUGAUUUAUCAUCAUUUUUAUACGGUUCAAUAAUAGAAAAUAUUAUUUCAUAUUGUCCAAAUAUUAAUAAGUUAUCUUUACCUUUGAGAAGGGAGGAUUUGCCAAAUUUAUUAAAAUUAUUAAAAAAUUGCAGAAAAUUAAAAGCUUUAAUUAUCUUUGAUGCUGACAAAUUUAGUAAAAAACAACCAUGGAGUUCAGAUGAUUUGGGUGACGAUAAUGGUAACGAUGAUAACGACAGCAAUGAAUCAAAUAAAUCUGUUUGUAAGGGAUAUAAUAAUGAUAACGAAAAAAAUGAUGUUAGUGGAUUUUUGCCUCAAUUUGGUAGUUUAUUACCUGAUACUCUAAAACAUUUGGAAAUCGAGUCACCUUGGUGGUUUACAGCCGGUUCAUUAGAAUCAUUUCUAAUCAAUUCUAAAGCUCCAUUGGAAAUUCUAAAAUUUAAAAAUUCCCAUUGGAUAAUAAAUAAUCAAAAAUAUUUGUUAAUAGUUGAAUUUUAUUUAAAUGAUACUUUGAAAGAUAAAAAUAUUGGGCCUGGAAAAAAUACACAAUUACAAAUAAAUUUAGGAAUAUGA